AACCCUCUCACAUCACAUACCAAUAAACCAUUAGGCGUAAAGCGACUGGGCAUUCCCAGUGGGGCACUUAAGAGAGUACCAAAAAACGUGGUAAAUUUAAUCAUUAAAACAAGCCAACAAGGAACAAGAGCAUUCUGUUCCCCAAAUUUGUGGUGGUGUUGACACUUGACAGAAAUGGGGUCGUUGGGCGCCAGUGGAAGCGGAGGCUUAUGGGGAAUGGGCCCAUUUCACCGCAACAUUCACCGGCGACGUGACAAGGGCAGCAAACCGUCCAAUAGCUCUAAGGAAAAUGCCGGACAAGCCACCACCGGUGCCGAUUCUCCUUACAAUUUUCCGCUUAAGGAAUCCGCUACCGCUGCUUCUCUCGUCUUGGCCGGCGACACCAUCGCCCAGGUCCGCCAGAAAUGGGUCAAACAUAAAGCUUCUGUUACCUCUGCUGAGGAUUUUAAGACGGUUACUAUAUCAGCCGAGAAAUAUGCUCGUCUUACCGAGACUGUGAAACUAUCAACACCGGUUGCAUUUGCUGAUAUUCGUACUCCCAGUGACCAAAUGGGUUAUGGAGAGGAUAUCAUAAGCUCACUUUUUUCUGAACAUGACUGGACUAGAGCCCUCCGUAUGACAUCAUAUGGGUUCCUGCUGUACGGCCCUGGUUCAUAUGCUUGGUAUCGGUACCUUGAUCACUGUAUGCCAAAGAAAAAUGUUACAAACCUAAUGACAAAGGUUUUACUAAAUCAAAUUGUACUUGGUCCAAUUGUAAUUGGUGUUGUUUUCGCGUGGAAUAAUCUAUGGCUUGGGAAACUUGCUGAGCUUCCCAACAAGUACCAAAAAGACGCCCUCCCUACGCUUUUUUACGGAUUCCGGUUCUGGAUUCCAGUAAGCUUAUUGAACUUUUGGGCAGUCCCUUUGCAAACCCGUGUAGCCUUCAUGUCGAUGGCCUCCGUAUUCUGGAACUUUUACUUGUCCUCCACCAUGAGCAGGUGAUUUGUCCUGAAAACAUAUCUAUUAAAGAUCCAACAUAUGACUUUCGAGCAAUCAGGUAUGCAGUUGUUGUUCAGAUGAUGCCCAGACGUAGAUUAUAGGUUAAUAAUAUCUAUGGCAAGAAAAACAAGAUAAAUGUAGUCAGGUUGAUAACAUUCAUUUCAUUAUGUAUCAUGCUUUGCGUUUUACUACACCAAUGGCUGCCUUAAGUGACUGUUCAUGUUCGGAUUUGGUGGGUUCUCUCUCUUCCCAAGUGAUGUGCUUUAUAAGCAGGUGUUGACGACCAUAUACUAAUAGCACUGUAAUAGUUUUUAUUCAGUCGGCCGAUCCAUUUAUAUUUUGUCCUCAAUUAUAUUUUCAUGAGCGGCCAAUACUGACGAGUGCAUGAUAUUUAUUUAAUUGGGAAAUGGAGGCAUUGCCCUUGUUGUAGAAUCGAAUAAAGGGGUUGAAACUGACUUGGCCACGACCAGUCAAAGUUUCAAAGGCCAAUUUGUUGUCA